AAGUCUGAUUGUUGACAUACAUAUAAAGGUACCAUGGUCAACCACUUCUUUUAUAAUUUUUGUCACACAAUGGACAACAUACAAAAUAAAACAGCUGUAGUUACAGGCGCCGGAUCUGGCAUUGGCUACCAUAUUACUGAAGAAUUGUUGCGCAAAGGAGCGAAGAAAGUUGCUAUUAUCGAUUUGCCGAUAGUACGUAGUUAUGACGCGACAGUGACCUUGCAAAAAAAUUUUGGAAAAGACCGUGUUAUCUUUUUUCCGAUUGAUCUGACGAACUGGGAAGUGUACAGAGAAACCUUCAAGAAAAUUGUUAAAGCUCUCAAUGGACUUGACAUACUUGUUAACAAUGCCGGAAUAUGUUAUGACCGUCUGGUCGAGCAAAUGUUUGCUAUUAAUGUUGUAGCAGUAAUUCGUAGCUCUAUGUUAGGCAUAAAUUACAUGAGUAAGCAUAAAGGUGGCAAAGGAGGUACCAUAGUAAAUAUAUCGUCAAUAAGUGGUAUUAUUUCUUACCCUUUACGUCCGGUGUAUGGUUCUUCUAAAUCUGCUGUUGUUGGAUUUGGUCUCAAUCUGGAGAAAUUGUACAGUAAAACGGGAGUUCGUAUUCUAACAAUAUGUCCUGCUUUGACAAUAACGGCAAUGUCGACGACUAGAAAUGAAAACAAAUGUCUCGAUGUUGUCGAAGAAGAUGUUGUUAAAGAGAUGUUAAACAAAGAUUUUUUUGUGUCUCAAUCUGCUAUGCAUGUGGGAGAAUCCGUGGUCGUAGCUAUUCAAAAGGGUGAAAAUGGAUCAAUUUGGAUUGUUGAGAAAAACGAACCACCAUAUCCGAUCAAAUUGCCGCCUUUUGUUGCUGUUUAAAUGUAAAAUUCUUCAAAUAUUGGUUCAUACAAAAAAUUUUGUAUGAACAUUGCAAACAAUAUAUAUAUGAUGCGAAAUGAGAAGAAAAUUACG